AUGGUCGUACCUCUCACUGCACUGUCGCCGGGGUAUAUUCUCUUACCUCUCGGAGGGACGUCGUCGACAGUCGUAUUCAAGGAGUCGCGGCUUCUCGUCGGGAGUGAAGUUGUCCACUCGUCUUCGCGCAGAAUUAGGGCAGCACGCUUUGGAUGUAAAUUGUGUGGUCGGGGGGCGAAGGAUGAACUCGUGAAAGGUGAGUAUGAUUUUGAUCGGGGGAGAAGGAAGAAAUCGAUGUUAUUGAAGAAGGGCAAGAAGGCCGACCCAGCCCUCUACAAUUCCACACCGCAGCUAACAUUGAUGGGUUGGGUGCCAUUUGAGGCUGGCAUCCCCCACCUUGUCUUUAGUCACAUUACUCUUUUUCCCUGCAGAUUUAUUAUCAGCUUGUUCUUCCUCAGUCAGUCCCUCUACUAUGACAAGGUCCCUGUCCCUUUUGGCUCCUGUUACUGGCUGUGA